CACACACUCACUCAGCUCUGUGCUGGUGAACCUGCCGCUGACACAUUACCAUUCUGCUAAAGUCUACAGGUUGGGGAUUGCUCUAGCACCGUCUCCCUAUAGGAAUGUGUGCUGCAGCAGGAUAACGCCAUCCCUGGGUAUAUCUGCAGUCUUCCUCCCUGCAGUGUAGCAGCAUUGCACCUCAUUCCUGGCACCGCAGUGACUAAGAGCACGGAUUCUCUCUGAGGGCAUCCGUCGUUCACGUAGUAAAGCCGCAUCUGCUCCCUGGCUAAGACUGAAGGAAAUACAUCCUAAGCUGGAAAAGCUCCUGUUCCUUGCAAGACACUCGGAGCAGAUGCUGCAGCUUGCUAUAGCCACGUACGGAUUGUACUGACGAGAUAAUGAGGGCCAGUCUGCGUUUCCCAGGAAGAGAAUGACAGGUGUCAGCCGGCGUGCGUGAUGAUCUGCUGAGAAGAUUCCCAUGAACCAAGGCCAGGAUGAAGAACCGAGUCCGUUAGUGGAAUUCAUGUGUGUCGCCGGAUAGUACUACAGCGGUGGCCGUUGUGACAUUACCCUAAAUCCCAAAGGACGAGCUCGUGCAGGUAGAGCGAGAGAGACGCGUGGAGAAGGCAGCUUGAGAAGAUGCCAUCCAUCCUGGUGGCCUCCAAGAUGAAAUCGGGACUGCCCAAACCCGUCCACAGCGCUGCCCCCAUCCUCCACGUUCCCGCCAAGGCCAUCCCUCAGCCCUGCUACCUCAAACUGGGAAAUAAGGUGGAAGUGUCCACCAAGCCGUCCUUCCCCAGCCAGAUCCCGCUGAAGCCGCAGUUUGACUACGAGUCUUCGGUGGAAUCGCUGUCCAUCAAGAAGACGGACGUCUCGGAGAAAGUGUUCGACACGCAGAUCUACACAGACUGGGCCAACCACUACCUGGCCAAAUCUGGCCACAAGCGUCUGAUCAAGGACCUGCAACAAGAUGUGACGGACGGGGUUCUCCUGGCGGACAUCAUCCAGGUUGUAGCAAAUGAGAAGAUUGAAGACAUCAAUGGCUGCCCAAAGAACAGAUCACAAAUGAUUGAGAACAUUGAUGCCUGCCUGAGCUUCCUGGCAGCCAAGGGAAUUAACAUACAAGGACUGUCAUCCGAGGAGAUCAGGAAUGGGAAUUUAAAGGCCAUCCUAGGCCUUUUCUUCAGCCUAUCACGUUUCAAGCAGCAGCAGCAACAAACGCAAAAACAGCCCCAGAAUCAUCACCAGCCUGCUCCAGCCACCCAUCAUUCAGGAACGCCAAGCCAGUGCCAGCAGCCAUAUCACCAUACCACCACCCUCCAUGCCCAGUCCUAUGCCCCCGCUCCAGUCCAGUGCCAACAAUCGCAGACGCCUCCCCAGUCACAGACUAAAGCACAACCAGAGAUGCAUUCCAGUUCAUCCUCCAGAGACCCGGGUGAGGUCAGGUUCCUGCGCUUCUCCCUCGGACAGAGGAAAUGCUCUCGGCUCCCAGGUCCCAGCACGCGGACAUCUGCUGCAGGCAGCGAGGCCAAAUCGCGGGGCCCGGCCAGUGGGAACAGGCGCAGUCAGAGCUUUAACAACUACGACAAGGCCAAGCCGGUGACUCCCUCCGCAGCGGUGAUUGAGAAAGAGCCAGCAGAGGGCGGUGUGCCACAGCUGACCGGAAUACAAGAAAAUGGAUCCUCUCUCUCCAGCAGCAGCUCCUCUGCCAUACCCCAGCCAAACUCUACCAAUAAACCAUGGAGGAGUAAAUCCCUUAGUGCAAAGCACACCACAACGUCUUCCGUACUGUCCGUCAAGCAGCCCGUGCCGGAUGGUCCUAAACAACCGCAAGAACCUCUGAAGCCUGCUCCCAGCAGCCAGAAAUCCAUGCUGGAAAAGUUGAAAUUAUUUAAUAGUAAAGGGGGCACAAAAAGCACUGGGGGUACGCUGGAGGGGUCUCGGGAUACCAGCUGCGAAAGACUUGAAACACUUCCCAGCUUCGAAGAAGCCGAGGAAAUGGAAAAUACUGUAAGGAAUUCCAGUAGUACAAGUCCAUCCUCCAAUAGCCCCAAGAUAGCCCUGAAGGGCAUCGCACAAAGGACCCUUGGCCGGGCAUUGACGAACAAGAAAAGUUCUCCCAAGGGCAGUGAGAAGGACAAGCAGAAAGAGAAGGAUAAAAACAAAGAGGUCUCUAAAAGGAUAUCUGUUACUGACAAGCCAGAGGCGAAGGAGGAACCCAAGGAUGAAGCUGUCCCGGCCCCCACUGACAUGCCAAAAAAGUCCUCCAAGAUUGCCAGCUUCAUCCCCAAAGGGGGCAAGAAGGAGGCCUCUGCUCCUUCUCACAGCGGCAUACCAAAACCAGGGACCAAAACCACCCCAGGGAAAUCCUCAAGUGCCCCAAUGUCUGCCAAGGAAGGGGAACGAAACCGGAGCGGGAAGACGGGCUCAGGGAUCUCCCUCCAAAAGCCUCAGCUGGACAACAGAAGCUCCAGCUCUACGUCCAGCUUGGCCUCCUCCGAUGGGAAGGGCAUGUCUACUGCAGGGGGUGCCCAACCCUCCAAUGGGACUGGCGGUAUUACACAGACGACGGCGAGUAAUACAGUCAGCGUUCAGCUACCUCAACCACAGCAGCAGUAUAACCACCCGAACACGGCCACCGUGGCACCCUUCAUGUACAGGUCUCAGACGGAUAAUGAAGGCAAUGUCUCUGUGGAGACCAGCACAGGAGGAAUACACAUGGAGCCCACGCUCUAUAAUAAAACAGGCCCUCCAUGUCUGGCAGAUCUCUCGGGGGAAGAUCCUGAAACCCGCAGAUUGCGAACUGUGAAGAACAUUGCGGAUCUCCGGCAGAACUUGGAGGAAACUAUGUCCAGCCUCAGGGGAACUCAGGUCACUCACAGCACGUUGGAAACGACGUUUGACAGUAAUAUCACUACUGAAAUCAGCGGCCGCAGCAUCCUCAGUCUGGCUGCGCGACCGACCAUAUCAUCAUGGAGACUGGGACAGUCUAGCCCUCGUCUGCAGGCAGGCGAUGCACCGUCCCUGGGCAACGGGUACCCGCCACGAGCCAGCGCCAGCCGCUUUAUCAACUCUGAACCUGGGCGGUACAUCUACCCUGCUCCUCUGCGGAGGCAGCUGGCGUCAAGGGGCAACGCGGGCCACAGUGACGUCUCCGAAAAAGGGGAAGAGAUGGAUAUGGAGAGCGUCAGUGUUGAUGCGACGGGUUACAUGAGCGAUGGGGACGUGUUGAGCAAGAACAUACGAAGCGACGAAGUCACCAGUGGGUAUAUGACAGAUGGGGGGCUGAGCCUCUACACCCGAAGACUGAAUCGGCUACCUGACGGCAUGGCGGCUGUGCGGGAGACGCUUCAGCGUAACACGUCUGGUGGGCAGGGAGAUGCUGACAGCUGGGAUGACAGCAGCUCAGUGAGCAGUGGGAUCAGCGAUACCAUCGACAACCUGAGUACAGAUGAUAUCAACACCAGCUCCUCUAUCAGCUCGUACGCCAACACGCCGGCAUCUUCGCGGAAAACCCUUGACGUGCAGACUGACGCAGAGAAGCAUUUACACAUUGACCGCAAUGCACUGUGGCCCGGCGAUGAUUUGAAGAGAGCGGAUGGUGGCGCAGACAACGGCGUGAAGAUGGAUCCCGGGUGUAAGUGGAGAGAGAAGCCCUCGGACCUGUCCGAUGAGUCCGAUAAGAGCACAUCUGGCAGGAAAAACACGGUCAUCUCCCAGACGGGCUCCUGGAGACGUGGAAUGACGGCUCAGGUGGGGAUCACAAGCCCUCGCACCAAGACUACCGCCACCGGAACUCUGAAAACACCUGGGACAGGGAAAACGGAUGAUGCGAAGGUGUCGGAAAAAGGCCGACACUCCCCAAAGUCCGCUCAGGUGAAACGUUCCCCAUCAGACACGGGCCGCAGCAGUGGGGACGAGACGAAGAAACCCCCCAGCAGUACCUCAAGGACAAUUACUACCAACACAAAUACCUUUGGGUUUAAAAAGCCGGGUAGUACAGUCGUUGGCAUGCCUAUCAUUACCACCAGCGGUGCCACCAUCACCAGCGGUUCUGCUACUCUAGGGAAAAUGCCGAAGUCUUCAGGACUCAUUGGCAGGUCUUCCAGCCGCAAGGCAAGUGUGGACGGCUCUCCGAACCAUGAUGACGGAUACCUGCAGCUUAGUGCCAGAACUAAUCUCCAAUACCGCAGCUUACCACGGCCCAGCAAGUCACGUAGCGGCACCGGCAACCGUUCCAGCACCAGUAGCAUUGAUUCCAACAUCAGCAGCAAGUCCGCUGGCCUUCCUGUCCCCAAACUGAGAGAGACCAGCAAGAUGACUCUCGGCAACUCCAUAUCUGGGCUCAUCAACCAAACCGACCGGGAAAAAGGGAUCUCGUCGGACAAUGAGAGUGUAGCCUCGGGUAACUCUGUUAAAAUGACCCUGACGUCUCAUGGGGCUCCUAACAGUACUCGUCAGCAGGGGAGCAAGUACCCAGAUGUGUCCUCGCCAACACUGCGCAGGCUCUUUGGCGGCAAGCCGAAUAAACAGGGCUCUGUGACCACUUCGGAGAACAUGAAGAAUUCCGUGAUCAUUUCCAACCCUCACGCCACCAUGAGUGCCCAGUCCCACCCGGACUCGCCCUCUGGGAGUGGCAUCCUGAGCAGCGGAGGCAGCAGCCCCCUGUACGGCAAGAACAUGGAUUUAAACCCCUCCCCGCUGGCGUCCAGCCCCGGUUCUGCCCACUCGGUGCCCUCCAAUAGUCUGACCUGGGGCACCAACGCCAGCAGCUCGUCCGCGGUUGGUAAGGACGGCUUGGGAUACCAGUCAGUCAGCAGCCUCCACACCAGCUGUGAGUCUAUAGACAUAUCUCUGAGCAGCAAUAAUUCUCCCAGCACGCUGACUGCGUCGCCUAGGGAUGACUCCAUGUCUGGCUUUGCGAGGACCAACAGCGUAAAGACGGCCAUGUCAGAGAGUCCUCUCUCUUCUCCGGGUGCUAGUCCCAAAUUCAGCAGAAAUACUCUGCCCAGGAAGCAGGACAGCGAUCUUCAUCUUGGUAGAAACACUUUGCCUAAGAAGGGAUUCAGGUACGCCCCAUCUUCUCAGGUCAGAAGCCAGGAUGAUACAAAAGAAUGGCUGCGAUCUCACUCAGCUGGAGGGCUCCAGGACACUGCCAAUAGUUCCCCGUUCUCCCCAGGCUCCACCAUGAUGUCGCCUUCCGGCACUAGAUUUAACUUUUCCCAGCUCGCAAGCCCUACCACCUCUGCUCAGAUAUGUCUGGCUAACCCGGCCAUGCUGCGCACUCACAGCCUGUCCACCACGGACGGCUCAAGUGAUCCCUACGGCGAAAACCGCUUCCGGAACAGCUCCAUGUCACUAGACGACAAGACCAGGACCAUCAGCCGCUCGGGAUCCUUUCGUGACGGGUUCGAAGAAGUGCACGGGUCAUCCCUAUCCCUGGUGUCCAGCACUUCAUCCGUGUACUCCACACCGGAGGAAAAGUGCCACUCGGAGAUUCGCAAACUAAGAAGAGAGCUGGACGCCUCGCAGGAAAAAGUAUCUGCUCUGACGACACAGCUUAGUGCCAACGCUCACCUGGUCGCUGCCUUCGAACAAAGCUUAAGCAACAUGACGAUCAGAUUGCAGAGCCUCACCAUGUCGGCAGAGCAGAAGGAUUCAGAGCUCAAUGAGUUAAGGAAAACCAUUGAACUCCUGAAAAAGCAGAACGCCGCAGCGCAGGCCGCCAUCAACGGCGUCAUCAACACCCCCGAGCUCAGCUGCAAAGGAAACGGCACGUCGCAGUCAGCUGACUUACGUAUCCGGCGGCAGCACUCGUCUGACAGCGUCUCCAGCGUUAACAGCGCCACCAGCCACUCCAGUGUGGGGAGCAAUGUGGAGAGUGAUUCCAAGAAGAAGAAGAACAGGAAAAAUUGGCUGAGAAGUUCCUUCAAACAAGCUUUUGGAAAGAAGAAGUCUCCCAAAUCGGCGUCCUCUCACUCUGAUAUUGAGGAGAUGACCGAUUCCUCCCUUCCGUCUUCACCCAAGUUACUGCACAACAGCUCAUUGCUAUCUACUCCCCUAAUGCGGGGGUCCCUCUCCAACUCUCUACUCUCUGACUGCACAGAAAACGAGGCGGACAGCGUCUUGCAGCUGCGCAACGAGCUCCGCGACAAAGAGAUGAAGCUGACGGAUAUCCGGCUGGAGGCGCUGAGCUCCGCACAUCAGCUAGACACGCUCAGAGAGGCCAUGAACAGAAUGCAGACGGAGAUUGAAAAGCUGAAGGCGGAAAACGAUCGGUUAAAAUCGGAAAACCACGGGAAAUGCAGCCGGACCCCGUCCCAACUUUCCAUCUCUUCUUCUCCCAGACAAUCCAUGGGCUAUCCGCAGCCAGGCCUGACCAUGACGGAGUCCUCCAGCCUGGACAUGUUGCUGGACGACUCCGCCGAUGGUACCCUGCGUAAGGAGAGCCGCCACGUGAAGAUCAUCGUCAGUUUCUCUGAGGAAAUAAACUGGAGAGAGGAUUGCCGGCCACGUGCGUUCCUUAUAGGGUGUAUUGGUGUCGGCGGUAAGACCAGGUGGGAUGUACUGGAUGGCGUGGUACGAAGGCUGUUUAAGGAAUAUAUAGUUCACGUAGAUCCGGUGGCGCAGCUGGGAUUGAAUUCUGACAGCGUUCUAGGAUACAGCAUCGGAGAGAUCCAACGCACAAACACAGCGGGCACGCCGGAACUGCUCCCCUGCGGGUACCUGGUGGGAGAGAGUGACACCAUCGCUGUGUCUCUAAAAGGUCUGGCGGAGAACAGUCUGGACGGGCUGGUGUUUGAGACUCUGAUCCCGCGGCCCAUAUUACAGCGAUAUGUCUCACUCUUAAUGGAGCACAGGAGAAUCAUCUUGUCCGGUCCUAGCGGGACGGGAAAAACAUACCUGGCAAAUCGCCUUUCUGAGUACAUGGUGCAUUGCGAGGGGCGGGACCUGGCAGAUGGGGUCGUAGCUACUUUCAAUGUGGAUCACAAAUCCAGCAAGGAGCUGCGUCAGUAUCUCUCCAACCUCGCCGAUCAGUGCAACAGUGAGAACAAUGCCGUGGACAUGCCGCUGGUCGUUAUCCUGGAUAAUCUCCAUCAUGUCAGCUCCUUGGGAGAGAUCUUCAAUGGACUCCUAAACUGCAAAUACCACAAAUGCCCGUACAUCAUUGGCACCAUGAAUCAGGCCACGUCUUCCACCCCCAACCUACAGCUCCACCACAACUUCCGUUGGGUGCUGUGUGCCAACCACACUGAGCCGGUGAAGGGAUUCCUGGGGCGCUAUCUCCGGCGGAAAUUAAUCGAAUCAGAAAUGAGCAACAGGACCAGGAACGUGGAGCUGGGGAAAAUCAUAGACUGGAUCCCUAAGGUUUGGCAACACCUGAACCGAUUCCUGGAAACUCACAGUUCCUCGGAUGUGACCAUCGGGCCGCGUCUGUUCCUGUCCUGCCCGAUGGAUGUGGAUGGUUCCAGGGUCUGGUUUACUGAUCUGUGGAACUACUCGAUCAUCCCCUAUCUGCUGGAAGCUGUUAGGGAGGGGCUGCAGCUGUACGGCAGAAGAUCCCCCUGGGAAGAUCCCGCCAAGUGGGUGAUGGAUACAUACCCGUGGACGGCUGUUCCCUUGCAGCACGAGUGGCCGUCUCUCCUGCAGCUGCGGCCCGAGGACGUAGGAUUUGAUGGGUAUUCUGUACCCAGGGAGGGGACGUCCAGCAAACAGGCUCCAACCGGAGCUGGGGAAGCGGACCCCCUGAUGAAUAUGCUGAUGAGGCUGCAGGAGGCCGCUAAUUACUCCAGCCCGCAGAGCUACGACAGCGAUUCCAACAGCACCAGCCAUCACGAUGACAUCUUGGAUUCAUCCCUGGAGUCCGCGCUGUGAUGACACACCGAGAGUCGCCGCUCGUUUUCGGGUUCCGCGCUGGGGUGGAACAAAGACACUUUAGACUUUACGUUGGGUCUUGGGCGCUGGCCGCUCAGUGAGUUACCCUGCGUUAGUGUGUGAGAGUAAUGGCUGCACUACUUACUUGCAACAGGCUCCGCUGCCUGAAACACUGAAAAUUUUUUGGUUCUAUGUUCUCUGGAAGCUAGAGGAGACUGAGCAGGGUUCCGCGCUACCCUGGGCGAGGGCAGAGCGUACACUUCCUAUGCUGCUCUAACCAAACACACACACACACAGGGCUGCUGGACAAGCCGGCUACACUCUGUAACCUCAAUGCAGAUAGUCGCUGACUAUGCUGCUCGCCUUUCUUUUGGUGUUUAUAACCGGUGCUGGUGGGGAACGGCGUCCGCUGCAGAACCGUCAUACAGCUAUGCAGGACCGUUAUCCAUUAUCCUCCUAUACCCCGGGCUCCAUUGAGCUUGUUGCCACCAUACGGCAUUGCUCAAGAAAUGUAGAUAUUUUCAGACCAUUGACCAGUUCUGAGAAACUCAUGAGAUACAUUGAGAUGUUUGUAAACCAAAAUCUGAUCCCACCACCCUUUCUGGCAUUACGUGGUCUUGUCAUCCUUGUGAUUGGGUUACCAGCUGUCUGUAAGGUCCGGCGGCUCCUAGCCGCCGUCUAAUGUAUGUUGUUAGGGGAGGAGGAGGAGGUUGGUAUUUCUACUUGGAUAUCCGGUGUCUAUGUUCCCUUCUUCAGGACUCAAGGUCAACGGUAGAGCACGGACUUGCUACUCAUGUUGGGGAAGGAUACACCUCAUCUAUAUUGCACUUUGCAAGGUACUAGCUAUGUAUAAUAUACAGUACGUAAUGACGAUACAAUAAGUUGGCUACCUGCAGUUGUACCUCAGGUAAUACUUGAGCACCAACAUGACGUGGGCAAGGAUUCAUCAUCUAUGUUUUUGGUGCUAACCAUUCAAUGCCUUACUACAGAGGCAGGCAACCUACCAAUCCCCUGUCUGUGUUUAAGCUGCUAAUGCCGGGUCUUGCUGGGACUUGUAGUUUAGCCACAUCCGGGAAAUUAGCAGUUGCCUAAGCCUGCCUUACUAUUUUCCGUCUGGUUGUAACAUUACAGACGCAUUUCGCUUCUCCGCACAGGGCUAAAACCAACGUGUUUCGGUGACCUGUGGUGUGAAUGUCCUCAUGUUGUGUUAUUUCUUUUCCUGCCGUUCUCCACAGUCCAUCGCAGGGAAUUUAGACACCGGGACAUGCUAAGUAGUCACUGUUGGUACAAUUGUUCAAUACCUCACGCAUUUCGGACCAUGUAAGAAUUGCUAGGCAGAAACACAAUCUUACAAUGACAUUGCACUGAAAUAUAGCUAUGUGAAUUAUAUUGUAGGGUUAACCACACCCAUAUGGGACAAACAUUGCCAUUUGCUGAAAUGAACAAUGGAUUUUAGCAUCUGAAGCUACAUUGACAAAAGUUAUGCUCACCCAAUUGGCAUAUCUAGCUGUCAAAUGAAACGGUUCGUCCGUCACAGACAUCCAGACAGUUCCCUGAUUCUCGCCCCCAGCACUGAUCUCCGUAACUGUGAAUAUGACCGGAUGUUUCAUAUCGCUGACAAUUUUCACAAAAUAAAAAAAGAGGAUCUAUAUUUAUAGUUUUGGGAUUCUGUAUAUAAGUCACAAUUCUUUGUGUAUGUUGAUGAGUGCAAGUGUAUGAAACGCAUUGUGCUAUAUAACACUGUAUUGUCUCUGAUGAUGUCAGGAAGCCGGUCUGCCUGUAAGUAUAAUUAAUGGGAAACCAUGUUUGUUUUUGUUUUUCUAUCUUUUGCAAUGUAGCUCAUUUUUAACGCAUUUCGCCAUCCACGUCAGCUCAGUAAGUACAUGCACGAUCUAGUGUGUGGAGACUGUUAGAUUACUCUGGGCUGGCUAAUACAUAGAAUCGCUGAACGUGAAUUUCCUCUGUUCUACGAGACAUGAUUUCCAACCGCCUUCUAACUACCACCUUCUAGUGACCACAUCUCCUCUCGUACCAGAUUCUAUGCAACGUUAUUAUUAAAGGAGGCCUGACGUGACGUGUUCAUAAACGGCAUUAAUAAUAAUAAUAAAAUAAUGACUUCAGCGCCCAUUCUGUAAAUUUUGAAUAUUUGACGCGAAUGAGAAGGGGUGUUAUAUCGGUCUGUUAAUACUUUCGUUGUGGAUCGUACAGAAAUGUUUCUGCUGUUAAUGACGAGAUGUAAAUUUUCACCUUGUAACAUAUAAAUUGUAAAUAUUUGAUGAAACUGCUGCAUUUUGAUGAGAUUUUCUAGACAUUUUAAAAAAAACAAACGACAAAGAAUUAGGAACUAAGUAUUUUGUGUAAGUUUUUCGGUUAUUUUUGGUUUAUUUUUAUUUGUUAUUAUAUGAAUUUUCUCAUGGUCUGAUCAGAUCAUGCCGUGUCAAGACGAACAAAACUUGAUGAUUGUACAAGUCUUAAAUUAUUACUGAUGAAAUAAAAUCCAAUGCUUAUUUA